GAAUGGUCAGCAUCAAUGGAGGACUGGCCAGAUAUUAAGACGAUGUGUGUGUGUGUGUGUGGGGAUAAUUAAUAUGAAGACGAGAUUGCUUUGAAUCCUUCAGCUUUUUUUAAACUCAUUCUUUCUUGCUUAUAGGGUGAAAAACAUAUGUGCGCCAGCCCACUUUGUGUCCAUAGAAGAAGAAUCAGACUUAGGUAAUGCUGGACAAAUAGAGUUGGCAAAUCAUAAGGAUCUGGAUUCUAAUUAAUUCAAGAUUAGAUCAUUUGGGAUCCAAUUGAUUUUGGGUUUAAAUAUUUUUUAGUUCAAAUUAAUUUCAGAUAUUUUUAUAUUUUAUAAAAGAUAUAAUCAUGUUAACAUAAUUUUUGAGUUGGAAUAGAUUUGAGUUAUUAUUUCGAAUUGACUUAUUUGAUGUUCAAAUUUUUUUAAGAUUUUUUUUGGACAGUUGAAGCUGGACAAUAAAUGACACUGCAAGGGACCAAUAGCAGCAAGUUUGAAGCUUGAAGCUUGAACUCUGAACCAUGGCUGCCGUCUUCAGCGACAUGCAAAGUUUAUACGUGUGAUUUUUGUACUACACAAUAGUAUUGUCAAUUAAGAAAACAUACCUUUUCCUUGCCAAAUUAAACCUGUACAAAGCCCAACUCUUCUGUUCACUCCAGCCUAGUUUUCCAGCUGUGGCUUUACCUUUCCUUGGUGUUGGGCGAUCUCAUCUGAAUUAACAAUGGCUAGUGUUUAUAAAGGGGCAGCGCGGAAAAACAAGCCUAAGGGAUGCCACCAUCGACUAAGCAAACAGAAGACGCAAGAGAUUAAGGAAAUAUUUGACAUAUUUGACACUGAUGGCUCAGGUACCAUUGAUGCAAAAGAGCUGAAAUCCGCCAUGAUGUCUCUUGGAUUCGAGAUGACAAAAGAGCAAAUCAAUCAAAUGCUUGCAGAAGUGGACAAGGAUGGCAGUGGUGACAUUGAUUUUGAUGAAUUUUUGCACAUGAUGACUCCCAAGAUUGGGGAGAGGGACAGAAACAAAGAGCUGAUGAAAGCAUUCCAAAUCAUUGAUCAAGAUGACAAUGGAAAGAUAUCUGCCCGAGACAUUAAAUGCAUUGCAAAGGAGCUUGGCGAACACUUCUCUGACAAAGAUAUUCAACACAUGAUGGAAGAAGCAGACCAAGAUCAUGAUGGUGAGGUAAGUAUUGAUGAGUUCAUGGGGAUGAUGAAGAGAACUACUUACGGCUACUAGAAGUGAAGUUCCACUUACUGCUGAAGCCUGAAAGGAUGGGCUGAAUGCAGUCGUGCUGUAGCUGUGGAAUAUAUAGUUGUGCAAAUAAACUCAAAAAGAUUGAAUGUUUAAACAUGUAGCUGAUCUAUGUUAUGUUAAGUAAUAUGAAUGAUUAUUGUGUUGCCUUUGUUUGGCUGGAUUAAUGGCGGCUACCUCCCUCCCAUCCCAUGAUUAUUAUUCUGAAGGAGUACAAUUUUUGGCAUAUAAGUGGAAAAAAUGGAUUAAGGAUUGUUGCUAGUAUAUUUUUGCAGUUAUA